CGGAUAGAAGGUGGUGGAGGUGUACCCGCAUCAAGUGGAUACCAGUUGCACUGUUGUGAUGCACAGAGUAUAUGGUGAAGAGUCGUAGCACGACAAUCGCGACUGUGGUAUAAUAUUUAAGCGAAUAAUCACCGUUCGUAGGUUACAUAUACCGGGGUAACCGGGCGCACGCACGAGGACGGCAUGUGCCACGCGCUGCUGUUGUUCAUGGGCAACGCGAUUUCUGGUGGUGGCGGUGCCUACGUAGACAGUCGGAAAACGACUGAGUCAGGCCGCAGUGGCGUAUCCGACCUGAAGAUGACUGCCACCACCGCCACUUCCUCCGCUGUCUUAAACGAAUUGACCCGGGACGUGGAGCGCCUCAAAACGGCCAUGGACGAAAAGGAUCGGACCAUAGAACAAUUGGGCAGGGCCGUCGAAGACAUACGCAACAUGCUCGAGAAUGCAGUAUCAAAUCAAUUUCUCUUGCCACCGGCGCAGUCGUUACAACACCGACUGGACAAAAAAAAAGGAGUGUCUGGAGAAUGUUCGACUUCUUCAGAAAUGCCUAUAUCGUUUCCCAAACAGUCAAAACCUAUUAAAACCAAACAUCUAAUUAAACAAGCACUGUGCAAAAAUCAGUUUUUGAAAAAUUUGAACACCAACCAAAUUUCCGAAAUUGUAGACGUCAUGUACCCGAAAGAUUUCGAAGCUGGGGCAUACGUUAUCAGAAAAGGCGAUCCAGGAUGUUGUUUGUACGUGGCCGACGAAGGAAAGUUCGACGUAAUCCAAAGCGGACGUGUGGUAGAUUCCAUUGGACCUGGUGAAGUGUUUGGCGAGAUGGCCAUACUUUACAACUGUCCACGGACCGCAUCGGUGAGAGCCACCCAAGAUGUUAAGGUGUGGACUUUGGAAAGAGUAGCGUAUCAGCAAAUCAUGAAGACUUCUGCUAUGAAACGAUUUGACGAACGAGUAGGAUUUUUGAAAAGCGUACCAUUAAUGAAAGAUCUCAACGAAGAAUUUUUAUCAAAAAUCGCUGACGUCUUAAAAGAGGAAUUUUAUCCGGAAGGGCACUACAUCAUAAAACAGGACACUCUUGGUGACAAGUUCUACAUACUGAGCGAAGGACGAGUAAAAGUCACAAAGACCAAUAAAGGUGAAUAUGAAGAAGAAGAAUUUGGAGUUUUGGAACAAGGGGAAUUUUUUGGGGAAGUUGCUCUGUUAAAAAAAGAUAAGAGGACUGCCAACGUCGUGGCCAUGCACCCGGGAGCUGAAUGUCUCACGCUGGACAGAGAGCCUUUUGUGCAUUUUAUCGGCAAUCUAGAGGAACUAAAAAACAAAAAGUACACAGAACAUCCACGAAAACCCUCGGUCCAGUUAUCAGUAGAAAGCAAGACAAAAACAUUAUACCCGGAACUAUUCCGAGUGGAGCUGAAUGAUUUCGAAACUAUUGCCACGAUUGGAGUGGGUGGCUUUGGCAGAGUCGAUUUAGUGUGUAUGAAGCUAGAUAAAAGCCGAUCGUAUGCGAUGAAGAAACUAAAAAAACAACAAAUAGUGGACAUGCAGCAACAGGAACACGUGUACAACGAGAAAACCAUUUUGGAAUCGUGCACAAGUCCAUUUAUCGGCAAACUGUACAAGACGUAUAAAGACAACAGAUAUGUGUACAUGCUAAUGGAGGCUUGUCUGGGUGGCGAGGUGUGGACACUCCUCCGGGACCGGAAGUGUUUCGACGACAAUGCAGCGUGUUUCGUGAUCGCGUGCGUUGUAGAAGCACUGGACUACUUGCACGGAAUCGACGUUGUCUACAGGGACUUGAAGCCGGAAAACCUGUUGCUCGACCGGCAGGGUUUCGUGAAACUGGUGGACUUCGGCUUUGCCAAAAGGUUACAACCACGAGGCAAAAAGACAUGGACAUUCUGCGGCACGCCCGAGUAUGUGGCUCCAGAAGUUGUGCUGAACAAGGGCCACGACCGAGCCGUAGACUUUUGGGCUCUGGGAAUACUCGUGUACGAACUGUUGGCUGGAAUACCACCGUUUAGCGGGAAUGAACCAAUGGACAUUUACAAUGCAAUAUUGAAAGGCAUUGGGGCCGUCAACUUCCCGAGACAGAUGAACAAAAUGACUCAAGGUCUGGUGAAACAGCUGUGCCGAAGCGAUCCAACGGAAAGGAUUGGCUACCAAAAGGGCGGCAUACAAGAUAUCAGACGACAUGAAUGGUUUAAAGGUUUCGACUGGAUCGGUUUAAGAAACAAGAAUAUAAUUCCACCCAUUGUGCCUAACAUCAACAGUCCACUAGAUUCUUCGAAUUUUGAUAUUUAUCCAGAAGACGGAGACACUCCACCCGAUGAAUCAUCCGGCUGGGACUCAGAGUUCUGAAGCGGUCAGUCGCAGCGUGAAGCAAAAUACUACCGCCAAAUCUAAUGCCGACUAUACUUCAGGACUGUACAUAUUAUUAUUGUUAAAACUAUUAUUAUUAUCAUUAUUAUUAUGAAAAUGCGAUGAAGUAUUCAUUGUCUAGAUUAGACUGGACUGUGUAAUGGAAACCGCCACCUUACAUAAUUUCCAAGGAGGAAAAUACACAAUAUAUUGUAAUUUUGUACGUAACAUGUGACCCGCAUACGACGUGUUAAACAUAAUAUCACCAUAACUUCACCAUUUAUUUUAUAUUUUUGAGAUACAUUAUUUUUACUUAUCAAAAGACAAUCAAGCACCCAAUUGUCUUCCAAACAAUAAACAAUUUAUCAACGAAAUAAUAUGUAUGUACUAGCAAGGUUCUUCACAAUAAUUACAAU